AUGUCUUUUAAGCCUACCAUUGUGAUUGUUCCUGGAGCAUGGCAGAUGCCUGCUGUCUGGACCAGCUUCCAGAAGAAGCUCAAUGGCGCCGGGUACCCUACUGAAUACGUCAAGUUAAAAACAGUUGGAGGCGAAGAGCUGCCCUUGGCUGGGCUGGAGGACGACGUCGCGGAAGUCCGCUCCGUUCUCGAUAAGCUCUCCAGCGCAGGAAAGAGAGCUGUGCUACUCUGCCACUCUUAUGGCGGCAUUGUUGGCAGCAACUCGGUCGAGGGAUCCAAUGCUGUUGAUGGAAUGAUUUUCCUCUCAGCCUUCUUGCUUCCGAAGGAUAAGAGUCUGAAGGAUAUGCUGGGCGGUAAUCCCCUGCCAUGGAUGAUUAUGCAGGAGGACCGUGUAGUCGGGAAUCCAGAUCUGAUGAACGAAAUUAUGUUCAAUGAUCUUGAUCCUGAAGACCAGACCAGAUGGGCUAAAGAGAUGACUCAUACCUCUGCCCAGCCUUUUGCUAUUCCCUCUGGGUAUGAGCCUUGGGCCAAUGAUAUUCCUUGCAGUUACAUUGCGUGCAGCAAUGACAAUGGUCUCCCUUACCCUCUUCAGCAGCAGCUAUGGGAGCAGCUUGGAUCCGAGCCCAAGGUAGUUACUCUAGAGACAGGCCAUUGUCCUUUCCUGAGCGCCCCCGAUGAAUUGCUGGCUGCAAUCAACGAGGUACUCGCAUGA